CCCCCGGCCUUCCCCCCCGCCUCCCCAAGCACCCCGAAACGACACGAAUCGACCCAAAACGGGGCGGCGGGGAGAGGCCGGGAGGCUGCCAGAGAGGCGGGCGGGAGGCGGGCGCGCCUACUCGGGGCAUUGCGGUAGCGGCGCGGCGGGGCUCGGCCGCUGCCCCGGCCAUGGAGCGCGGGGCCCGGCGGCUGGCAGCGGCGUGGAGGAGCCUGUGGGAGCGCGGCCGCAGGGACGGCGGCGGCCCCAAGGACGGCGGCGGCCCCAGGGAUGGCGGCGGCGGCCCGGGGCGCCCAGCCCGGCCCCCCCUGCGCGCUGCGCACAGCGAGGCGGCGGCGGGCCCCGCAGCGCCCAGGAUCCAAGGGACCAGGCCCUUCUCUCUGUCUGCUGCUGCCAGGGCCAUUUUAGGAAUGGGCAGGUGGGGAGAUGACGGUGGGAAGCAGAAGCUUACCCUGCGGGAUGUGGCAGAGCUAAUUCAGAAGAAGGAGUGUCGCCGAGUGGUGGUGAUGGCUGGCGCUGGGAUUAGCACCCCCAGCGGCAUCCCGGAUUUCAGGUCCCCAGGGAGCGGCCUCUACAGUAACCUUGAGCAGUACAACAUCCCCUACCCAGAAGCCAUCUUUGAACUGAUGUAUUUCUUUGUCAACCCUAAGCCCUUUUUCACUUUGGCCAAGGAGCUCUACCCUGGCAACUACAGACCCAACUACACCCACUAUUUCCUAAGACUCCUGCAUGACAAAGGGCUCCUCCUGCGCCUCUACACCCAGAAUAUUGACGGGCUGGAGAGAGCUGGAUGCAAAAGACAAAUAGGACAGCUGGCUCCCUGCUGCUGGAGAGCGAUGUUCACCUUGAAAAGGAGAGACUGUCAUGCCCAGCACGGGCAGAGAAAAGAGACUGUGGCAGGGAGCGGUGGAAGAGGCCAUCCAGCUCUGCAGCAGCAAAUCCACACAGAACUGGCACGCUGGGGAGGAGGGGAUGCCCGUGGCUCAAUCCAGCUGGGCUGGAAGCGGAGCAGAGAGGCCCUCGCCCAUGACGGAAGGGAAGCUGAAGGGAGAGAAGCCCAAAUGCCAAGCUGGAGACUGGCUCUGCACAUGAAGGCUUUCCUGCCUGAGACUUCAGAACAGUUGAUGUAGCCACUGCUCCCUCCUUGUCUUGCUUCAUGUUGGCACCUGCUAGGGGAGGCUUGCCUCUUCCGUGGCCCUGGCUGUCGCUCCAUCAGCGCACCAUUUGAUGAUGUCCAGCCAUGAGAACUUCACACCAGUAACUGGCUGGAAGCUCGUGGGCUUGUGCCAGCAUGUCGGACGAGCUGUGCACAGGCAGCUUGCCAUUUGGGUCUCCCUCCUUCCAAGCCGUCCAACCUUGGAGACCCUCAGAGGGCCUGGCUUUCAGCGAGCAGGAGUUGAAAAUGCCACGAAGGUCAGGCCUUGAGGCAAGGCAGUCUGGAGUGAGUGUUCCAGCUCCCCACAUGUACCAACUCCCUUCACAGCUCCUCCUCAGAUACUCUUCUCUUCGUCAUGAUCUUUCAGCUGCUGCAGACUUGUAGUGUUUAUUCUUCAGAUGGAAACUCUGCUAAUCAGGGGACAAAUGCUAUCAGGGCUGGAGGGGAGCUUGUCCCCCAUUCCUGUUCAGAAACACACCAGCUUGAGCUGCUGGAAGAGUUUUGAAUCGGUGUAGUGUUAAUUAUUUAAUAAUAAAGAGUUUUAAUUCUU